ACCAGGACUCAUUAAUAUUAGCAGUGGCAUCUUGUCGAUGUAUGGCUGCUCACUAUCUUAAUUGCAUUUAUCGUUUGAUUCUUUUCUUCAUGUUAACAAUGGUAUAACAGUAAUUAAAUACUUCAUGGACAGAACAUCGAUAUAUAAAUACCCCAUAUAUAAUAAGAAGCAACGUAUCAAAGUACACCAAAUAAUGGGAAUUGGAGAAGUCCCAUUUAUACAAACAAAUAUAAGUGGACGAAAUCAAUACUCAUAAUAAAGACACAAAGACGACUAAAAACCUUAUUAAACCAGAUCCAGUAUGCAGCAGAUAAAAAAAAAAGGGGUAUUUCAAGGAGUAGAACGAGAACGUGGUGGAGAAACGAAAGGAAUAGAGGGAAUUACAGUUGGGAUUGUGGGGACUGAGGGAAUGCUUGGCAGAGGGGGUAGUGUGGCCCUCGGUCCACUUGGAAAUAUGGUAGGAAGUGGAGGAAGAGCCCCAGGGUUUGGGAGAUUAGGGAAAGAUGGCAAUGGUGGAGAAGAGAAAGGAAUAGAGGGAAUUGUAGUUGGGAUUGUGGGGAUUGAGGGAAUGUUUGGCAGAGGAGGCAGUGUGGCCCUCGGUCCACUUGGAAAUACGGUAGGAAGUGGAGGAAAAGAUGGCAAAGGUGGAAAAAAGAAAGGAAUAGAGGGAAUUGCAGUUGGGAUUGUGGGGAAUGAAGGAAUGCUUGGCAGAGGGGGUAGUGUGGCCUUUGGUCCACUUGGAAAUAUGGUAGGAAGUGGAGGAAGCGCCCCAGGCUUUGGGAGAUUAGGGAAAGAUGGCAAUGGCGGAGAAAAUAAAGCAAUAGAGGGAAUUGUAGUUGGGAUUCUGGGGACUGAGGGAAUGCUUGGCAGAGGGGGCAGUGUGGCCUUUGGUCCACUUGGAAAUCUGGUAGGAAGUGGAGGAAACGCCCCAGGCUUUGGGAAUGAGGGUAUGGAUGGCUUUGGGAAUGAUGGUUUAGGGAAAGAUGGCAAUGGUGGGAAUGUUUUUUGAAACAAACUUGGCAUUUGAGGGAGUUGCUGAAGGUGACGAGCUGUUACCCCAACAUCAAUGCUUGCAAAUGACAAAGCCAUCAAGAAUGCUAAAGCAAAGCAAUUGAAAGAGGUCAUUUUUGUUGAGAGAUUUCGAAAGUAAUGAAGCAGAUGAAACAAAGUUCAGUAUCUGAAUAGUUGUGAG